AUGGGAAAAAUUCAUCAAGAAGUCGAUAGCACAACCCCUCACGAACCCCACGUGUUACUUUUUCCGAUUCCAUUUCAAGGCCCGGUUAAUUGUUUUCUAAAGUUAGCCGAACUCCUAUGUCUUUCCGGCAUUCAUGUCACCUUUCUUAACACUAAUCACAUCCACGGUCCUCUUUUACGCCACACCCAAGUCUUGUCUCGUUUCAGCGGCUACCCUAACUUCCAGUUUGAGACAAUACCGGAUGGACUAGAGCAUGAAAACCCGGCCUCUAGAGACCAGUUCCGAGAGGUUAUAAAUGCCAUAGAUGUUGUGACUAAACCACUUUUUAGGGAGAUGAUUGUUUCGGGUAGCUUGAGUAGGAGAUCUAAGCGGCCAGUGACAGUGAUGAUAGUGGAUGGGGUGUUGAGUUUUGCCGCGGAAGUCGCUAUUGAAACAUCUACCCCGGUUCUUAGCUUUGAAACCAUUAGUCCAUGCUGCUUGUGGACUUCUUAUUUCAAUCUUCAUAACCUUAUUGAAGCUGGGCAUCUUCCUUUCAAAGGAAAUGAUUUGGACGAACCGAUCAACAAUGUGGCAGGCACUGAAUAUGUUCUGCGUAAACGGGAUCUUGCUGAAUUCUGUCGAAAUAAAAACCUAUCCGACCCUAAAAUUCAACAUACCUUAGUAGAAGCUCAAACCAUUCCUAGGACCCAAGGGCUCAUACUCAACACAUUCGAAGAGUUGGAUGGUCUAACACUCCCACACAUGAAAAAGCUUUGUCCGAACAUUUACACUAUAGGCCCGAUACACUCUUUACACAAAGCUCGACUCAAUACCAAGUCCCCAAAAAGCUCCUUCUCAAAUAGUAUUUGGAAGGAAGAUCAAACUUGUUUGUCGUGGCUUGAUAAAUUUCCUACAAAAACCGUUGUGUAUGUUAGCAUUGGGAGUCUUGCAACCUUGACAUUUGAUCAGAUGCUCGAAGUAUGGCAUGGCUUGGUUAAUAGUAAUAAACCUUUUUUGUGGGUGAGGCGCCCAGGGUCAAUCACUGGCGGGUAUAACGAGUCUAUUGUUCCGAGUGAUUUACUAGAGCAUACGAAAGAAAUUGGGUGUAUAGUAGAUUGGGCCCCACAAGAAGCUGUCUUAGCCCAUCGAGCCGUUGGUGGGUUUUUCACACAUAGUGGGUGGAACUCAACCUUGGAGAGCAUAGCUCAGGGUAUUCCAAUGAUAUGUUGGCCGUUCCAUGUAGACCAACAAGUGAAUGGUCGAUUUGUGGGAGAGGUAUGGAAGGCUGGAAUCGACAUAAAAGAUACUUGUGAUCGAUUUAUUGUUGAAAAGGCUGUGAGGGAUAUCAUGGAUGUGAAACGAAAUGUAUUUACACGAACUACGAAUAUUUGGGCAAGUCUUGUGAAAGAAUCCAUUGGUGAGACAGGGUCAUCAUCCAUAAGUUUGGGUCGCUUAAUAGAUGAUAUAAGAGUAAUGAGUUCGACAAUGAAUUAA